AUGACGAGCCAAUCAGAGCACGCCUUACAGUUGGUGUCAAAAUCAAAAUGGCGGAGCUUUGAUAUCCAACGAUUACCGUUUACUUAGUGAUGCAGAAAUAAUGCCUUGAAUCAAGCUCUGAGCACCGCGCAUGUUUACAUAUGUAUUUAAGCAUCUAGCAUGGCUGCAGAAGAGAGUUAUUAAUCCAGAUGAAGCCGAGUUUAAGCGCCUAAACCUCUAACACCUGCAAAUACAGCUGUCUGUAACGGAAGGUCUACACUUUUUUCAUUCAAAGGAAAAUAGAAAAAGAUGAGCAAAUCCAGUUCGAAGAGCCAAAGUGCCAGGAUGGGAACGCUGCUUGAGCAGCUCCAAAAACUAUGCAUUGGUGUUACAGAAGCCAAAAAUGAGCAAGAGAAAGAUGUUGACCAACUGCGCUAUGUCACUAAUAAGAUUCAGCAGCUUCUGUGUUCACAAGAGAAAUGCAGAAAAGAUAUGAUGACAAAGUAUACUGAUGGGUUGUCCACAUUCCUUAUUAUUCUAGAGGUAUCAACAGAUUAUCAGCUCACCUUAAAUAUUCUAGGGGGAAUUUCAGAGCUUUUAACAUCAGGAAAGCGAGCCUCUGCCCUGGCCUCAAAAGGUGCUGUUGACAUUCUGCUCAAAGUGAUUAUCAGUGCCAGCAAGGAGACGCCCAUAUGUGAGGAGGUUAUACUCCUCUGCCAUACUAUCCUCACCAAGAUAGGAGCCAAAGAUCGUAAAUUCUGUGUCAAGGCAAGAAUAUCAGGGGCUCUACAAGUCACCAUGAACAUGAUCCGCAACAACACCACAAACUUCCGUAUUCUGCAGACGACACUUCCUGUGUUGAAGCAAUACUCUGCCAAUGCCGUGAACUGCACUAUUCUCGGCAAAGCAGGAGCUGUCGGUGUUCUUUUUAAAAUCGUCUCUGCUUGUGGCCACAAACGCGUCACUUGUCUCAAGUUGGUACUCGAUGUUACAUCCGCUUUGGUAAAAUCUAAGACUAGCGCAAGCAAGGCAGUCAACUAUGGCGCAGUGCCUGUGCUUCUACAGAUGUUCUCUGAUUGGCAGAGGACAGACCAUCAUAAUCGUCAGACAGGCGUGCGAAAGGCCAUCUUAGGAGUACUUAAGAGCAUCACCAUGACCAAAUCCGGCAAGAAGUCGUUUAUCCAGGCUGACGGAAUCAAGGUUCUCUACUCAUUGUCGCUCGAGUGUCUGGAAUCUCGUGAACUCGAUAGCAUUAACAACAUCAGCAGCCAGAUCCUACGCCGCUGCUUCCCCAAGAACAAACUCCCCAUCACCACCCUCUCCUCGCCUCUAGCCUUCCCCCUCCUAAAUCUCGAUAGCGCAACCUUGUCAUCCAAGGGGGAGCAGGAGCAGGUUGGCGAGGAAAGUGGGGAAGGUGAGUCCUCAGACGUGGAGUCAGAGGAGGAUGUGAGCGGCUCUAACAGUCAGGAGGAUCAAGAGGCUGAAUCUGACUCUGCCGCUAGGUGCGGAGAGGGUGUGGCUGAGGAGAAGGCGGAGGAGAGGCGACCGAGGCCCAGAAACGACUUGCAGAUGUACGAGCAGUUUUUUCCUGAGCAGCUGGAGUUCCAGGUUGAGUCUGACGAUUCUCUCGAGGAGGACGUACCAUUACUACCAAUCGUGAUCCCUACCGCGACAGAGGAUCCGCUUAGCCCUAUGUCCAGCUUCUGCGGCCUGCACACCGCCAACGCCGACACUAACAAGACCUCGGUCACAAAACUUCCUGAUGUGCAUAGUCCUCACUUCAAUUCGGUGGCCAGUCCGCCAAAUCCAGCCUCCCUCAACCCCAGUCCAACGCAGACCACAGGCUCGCCGACCUCUCAGGAGUCGACGAGGCUUGAGAGGAGAACAAGCGAGGAUGGCGCGGGAUCUGGGACUGAGUUCCGCGUGUACAGCGUGCUCCCGAUCGUCAAGAGACCGGCGCCAGAUUUGUACGGUCACUACCCCCCUGGGGAGGCAGAACCCCUUGGUCAAAGGAAGGCUGGGUUACAAAGGACAAUGGUAUUUCGCGACAUUGACCGGCUGAUCCAAGCCCAUAAGGUUGUUGACAGGGUUGUGUUUGACCUCGAUGCGCUCAUACGCCAAGAGAGCACCGCAAACAGCACAGGCAACCAAAUGAAUGCGGACAAACCUGCGACAGAACUUCGCAAAGGAAGUAACUCAAGCUCAUCAAGUGCGUCUGAUUCUGAUAGAAUGUCGAGUAGCGAUGACGGCAGCAAGGCCUUGCGAUUCGAAUCCAGAUUUGAGUCGGGUAACUUGCGUAAAGCCAUUCAGGUUCGCGAAUACGAGUAUGAUCUUAUCUUGAAUCCGGAUAUCAACUGCCGCCACCAUCACCAAUGGUUCUACUUCGAGGUGAGUAACAUGGAGGCGGAUGUACCGUACAGGUUCAACAUCAUCAAUUGUGAAAAGAUUAACAGUCAGUUCAACUUCGGUAUGCAGCCCGUCCUAUACAGCAUGCAAGAGGCGGUCGUAGAGGGGCGUCCCUGCUGGGCCCGCACGGGCGCUAACGUCUGUUACUAUCGCAACUACUUCUCACGCAGCCAGGACUUGGGUGGAGGCCAGAAGAGUAAAACUUACUUCACGGCAACCUUCACCGUUACUUUCCCACAUGCCGAUGAUGUCUGUUAUUUAGCCUACCACUACCCCUACACUUAUUCUAUGCUACAGGAACAUCUAGCGAAUAUUGAGUCGUCCAUCGAUUCUGAUGUAUAUUAUCGCCGAUCCACAUUAUGCCACUCGUUGGCUGGCAACGCAUGUGACGUCAUAACCAUCACGUCCAAUCCGCGACACCGAGAUGCUUACACAUUAGAUUCAUUCAGGAGCAGACCGUAUGUAUUCCUGUCUGCCCGAGUGCACCCUGGAGAGAGUAACGCCAGCUGGGUAAUGAAAGGCGUUUUGGAAUUCCUGCUGAGUGCCUUCUACACGGCCAAGCACCUCCGUGAUAGGUUUAUCUUUAAAAUCGUCCCAAUGCUGAAUCCGGAUGGAGUCAUUAACGGAAAUCACCGCUGCUCGUUAUCAGGGGAUGAUUUAAACAGAAAGUGGAUCAACCCAAGUAUAUUGCUCCACCCCACCAUCUACCACACCAAGGGACUACUGCAAUACAUGCAGGCUACCGAUAGAACGCCACUGGUUUACUGUGAUUUCCAUGGUCACUCCCGCAAGAAGAACGUCUUUAUGUACGGUUGUAGUACCCUUGCCACAAUAGCUGCCGCUUCUCCUAGCUCCUCCGCGGACCUUGAAGUGGCCGCGCCCACGCCUGCCACCCCGGCACCGAACAUUCCUGCUUCCGCCGAUCCCAACGAAACAGUGGAAGAUGUGGGAUACAGGACAUUGCCGCGAGUUCUUCACAAUAUUGCGCCUGCAUUCUCUUUGGGCAGCUGCAGCUUUGUUGUGGAGCCGUCUAAAGAGUCGACCGCGCGAGUAGUGGUCUGGCGCGAGUUAGGUGUCGUGCGCAGCUACACCAUGGAAAGCACUUACAGCGGUUGUGACCAGGGGCCUUAUAAGGGUUACCAUCUCGGUACGAGGGAGCUGGAAGAGAUGGGCCGGUUCUUCUGCGCGGGAUUGCUGCGUAUUGGAAGACCGUAUGUCCGGCGUGACGCCCCCAGUCGCGCGCCCUCCAGCGAGAGCAACAAUGAGUACGGCGACUCCUCAGAGGGAUGGAUCCGGACGAGCGAAUUGUUCGUGCCAAUCGCCUUACAACCGAACGAUUAUGGGGACGACGUUACUGAAGAAAGUAACGCAAGAGAGUAACAGCGCAAUCAACUGUUAUAUACCAGAGCAGAAUAAUUCCUAAGGCGUGACCAAUAAUGACACGCAAGAGACUCUAAACUUCGAGAUGGCAACUCUCAGUGACAGGGAAAUGGGGCGUGACAACGAAAUCCACAGGACAUUAGAUUGUUAGAAAUACUCUUUGGAAAUUUAUCAACGUUUUAACAAUUUGGUGGAGGGCAAGCCGAGUCAAUUCUUAGCUAAAUGACUAAAUAUAGCAAUCGUUGAAAAUGCAUUUUUAAUUUUUUUAUUUUACAUACUUCCAUAGAAACUGUAGACAAUUUUUAGACAAAUAUAUCAUGGAGAUAACUGUAAAACAUGAUCCAAAUAUAGUUAAUGGGAUUUAAUGGGAUGAUUCCAGAUAUGCAUAUGUAUUUGAAAUUCUAUAAAAUGUCAUAUUUCUAAAUUAAAUUCUGUCCGAAUAAA